ACUUGGGAGCUCCUCCGGAAAAGCAAGAAUAGUGAUAAUAAUUUAGAGCAAGGCGGAGAAGCGGAAGAAGCGAGUGGAUAAUGUCAACCCCGAGCAGAUUCAAAAAGGACAAAGAGAUCAUAGCGGAGUAUGAAAGUCAAGUGAAAGAGAUCCGAGCUCAACUCGUUGAGCAACAGAAAUGCCUGGAGCAGCAGACUGAAAUGAGAGUGCAGCUUCUUCAGGAUCUGCAGGAUUUCUUCCGCAAGAAGUCGGAAAUAGAGAUGGAGUAUUCCCGAAACCUGGAAAAACUGGCAGAGAGGUUCAUGGCAAAAACAAGAAGUACGAAGGAUCAUCAGCAGUACAAGAAAGACCAGAACCUCUUGUCACCAGUGAAUUGCUGGUACUUGCUCCUGAACCAGGUGAGAAGAGAAAGCAAAGACCAUGCAACAUUGAGUGAGAUCUACCUGAACAAUGUGAUCAUGCGAUUCAUGCAGAUAAGUGAAGACUCCACCAGGAUGUUCAAGAAGAGUAAAGAGAUUUCAUUUCAGCUUCAUGAAGACUUAAUGAAAGUCCUUAACGAGCUUUACACAGUCAUGAAAACAUACCACAUGUAUCAUGCAGAGAGCAUCAGUGCAGAAAGCAAACUCAAGGAGGCAGAGAAGCAAGAAGAAAAACAGAUUGGGAGGUCAGGAGACCCUGUUUUUCAUAUUCGACUAGAGGAAAGGCACCAGAGACGGAGCUCUGUGAAAAAGAUUGAAAAAAUGAAGGAAAAACGUCAAGCAAAGUAUUCUGAAAACAAGCUGAAAUCCAUUAAGGCCCGUAAUGAAUACCUGCUCACCCUUGAAGCAACCAACGCUUCUGUUUUCAAGUAUUACAUUCACGACCUUUCGGAUUUAAUUGAUUGUUGUGAUCUUGGAUACCAUGCUAGUCUGAACAGAGCCCUAAGAACAUACCUGUCUGCAGAGUAUAACCUUGAAACUUCCAGGCAUGAGGGAUUAGACAUCAUUGAAAAUGCAGUUGACAGCUUGGAGCCACGCAGUGACAAGCAGAGAUUCAUGGAAAUGUACCCCACUGCUUUUUGUCCACCAAUGAAAUUUGAGUUCCAGUCUCAUAUGGGUGAUGAGGUUUGCCAGGUCACUGCCCAGCAAACUGUGCAAGCAGAGCUUAUGCUUAGGUAUCAACAACUACAGUCACGAUUGGCUACACUCAAAAUUGAAAAUGAGGAGGUUAAGAAAACAACAGAGGCUACCCUGCAGACAAUACAAGAUAUGGUCACCAUUGAAGAUUAUGAUGUGUCAGAGUGUUUCCAGCACAGUCGCUCAACAGAGUCUGUGAAGUCAACAGUCUCUGAGACAUACCUGAGUAAGCCUAGCAUUGCAAAAAGAAGAGCUAACCAGCAGGAAACAGAGCAAUUCUAUUUCAUGAAAUUCAGAGAAUAUCUGGAAGGUAGCAAUCUCAUCACAAAACUUCAAGCAAAACAUGACUUGCUGCAGAGGACACUCGGAGAAGGUCACAGGGCUGAAUACAUGACAACAAGGCCUCCAAAUCUUCCCCCUAAGCCCCAGAAACACAGGAAGCCCAGACCCCGAUCACAGUGUAGUGCUAAGUUGUUUAAUGGUGAUUUGGAGUCGUUCAUCAAGGAUUCAGGGCAAGUCAUUCCUCUUAUUGUGGAAAGCUGUAUCAGAUUUAUAAAUUUAUAUGGUCUUCAGCAUCAGGGAAUUUUUAGAGUGUCUGGUUCCCAGGUGGAAGUCAAUGAUAUUAAAAAUUCAUUUGAGAGAGGUGAAAAUCCUUUGGCAGACGACCAAAGUAACCAUGACAUUAACUCAGUUGCUGGAGUACUGAAGCUCUAUUUCCGAGGGCUGGAAAAUCCUGUCUUUCCUAAGGAAAGAUUUAAUGAUCUUAUUUCUUGUAUCAGAAUAGACAAUCUCUAUGAGAGGGCUCUUCACAUCCGCAAACUCCUCCUUACUUUGCCCAGGUCGGUCCUUAUAGUGAUGAGAUACCUCUUCGCCUUCCUCAAUCACCUUUCACAGUACAGUGAUGAAAACAUGAUGGAUCCAUACAACUUGGCCAUUUGUUUUGGGCCAACCCUGAUGCCUGUUCCAGACAUACAAGACCAGGUGUCUUGUCAGGCACAUGUGAAUGAGAUAAUCAAAACUAUCAUCAUCCAUCAUGAGGCUAUUUUUCCAGAUGUUAAAGAACUUGAUGGACCAGUGUAUGAAAAAUGCAUGGCUGGAGAUGACUAUUGUGACAGCCCAUACAGUGAACAUGGUACCUUAGAGGAGGUGGACCAGGAUGCCAGUACAGAGCCCCACACCAGUGAAGAUGAGUGUGAGCCCAUAGAAGCUAUUGCCAAGUUUGACUAUGUUGGAAGAUCUGCACGAGAACUCUCUUUCAAGAAAGGAGCUUCCCUUCUGCUCUAUCACCGAGCAUCUGAAGACUGGUGGGAAGGAAGGCACAAUGGCAUUGAUGGCCUUGUCCCUCACCAGUACAUAGUGGUGCAGGAUAUGGACGAUACUUUCUCAGAUACACUGAGCCAAAAAGCAGACAGCGAGGCCAGCAGCGGGCCCAUAACUGAGGACAAGUCAUCAUCAAAGGAUAUGAACUCUCCUACUGACCGUCACUCGGAUGUGUAUCUAGGGAGGCAAAGAAAGAGAUCGGAACCUCCACCUCCCCUGAGGCGCCCAGGCAGGAGCAGUGACGGCCACUGCCCGGUGCACCCACCUCACCCUCUCUCCAACUCCGCCAUGGAGCUGGGCUCCCCCAGCCUGGCAGCUCACUGCAGUCCCAGAGCCCUCCUUCAGAACCGCAACCUCAACGCCGACAGCCCUGAGCGGCGGCGCCGGCCGGGCCACGGCAGCCUCACCAACAUCAGCAGGCACGACUCGCUGAAGAAGAUCGAUAGCCCUCCCAUUAGAAGGUCCACAUCUUCUGGGCAGUACACAGGCUUCAAUGACCAUAAGCCACUGGACCCAGAGUCAAUAGCUCAGGACAUCGAGGAGACCAUGAACACAGCGCUGAACGAGCUGCGGGAGCUGGAGCGGCAGAGCUCGGCCAAGCACGCCCCUGAUGUGGUGUUGGACACCUUGGAGCAGAUGAAGAACAGCCCCACCCCUGCCACCUCCACAGAGUCGCUCAGCCCUCUCCACAGCGUCGUUUUAAGGAGCUCCGAGCCUCAGAUCCGCCGGAGCACUAGUUCUUCCAGUGACACCAUGAGUACUUUCAAGCCCAUGGUGGCCCCUAGAAUGGGAGUGCAGCUGAAACCUCCUGCUCUUAGGCCAAAACCUAUUGUUCUUCCAAAAACAAAUCCUAGCAUAGGGCCUUCUCCUCCUUCCCAGGGUCCAGCCGACAAAUCUUGCACAAUGUAGGCAGCUCAGCCACCCACAGUGCCCAGCUGGGGUGUGCUAGGGAAAGGGAUGGAUUAACAAUAGAAGUCAGGGCUCUGUAACAUCAUUUGUUCAUGUUGUAACUGGAGAGGCUUUGUUUUUCAGUGUUUUUGAAUGUAUUGUCUGAAAGUAGCUACAUUAACAUGGGCAUUUGUAUUUUGUAUGGUUUCGAUUAAAUGAAAAACUGGACAAUUGUGCAUAGUUUUAAAAAACAAACUUAGACUUACUUGAAAACUUGAUGCUGCACCAUUUGUAAUAAAACCAACACAGAUCACAAACAGCUUGCCACGUUGUACCAUACUUCACAGUCUUACUGUAGCUAUAUAAUAACAGAUCCUGCACAAAACUAAAGGGGUGGGAGGGGGUUCAGAGGACGUGGAGCCUCUCAUUUCUGGGUCACCAAACCAAAUCUCAAGCAGGUUAGUAAGAACUGAAAUUUAGCAUGUGAGGAUUAAGUGUCUGUGUGGAAUGUCUAAGUCAUCUCAGGCCACAUUUCUUAUUUAAGACACAAAAAAAAAAA